AUGCUUCAAAUGAUAUCAUUUCUUAUCACUGACAUACAUGAUGAUACUACCACUACUUCGACUGAAGCUGCUCUGUCUACGCUACAUGCUCGACAUUGGAUGGUGAAUCGAUCUCAAACAGGGAGUUUAAAAUUCUCUUCGAGGUAUGCUUUGCAUCUCCGGGUUGAUCCUAAAGAUGUUGAGCCUUCAUGUUUUAGCAAAGCUAUCAAACACGCAGAAUGGAGGACUGUCAUGGCCACAUAUUUCAGUGCUUUGUAA